AUGGAGAAGUAUUUGAUAAAGAAAUCAGCAAAUGCCAACACCACCACCCAGGUAGUUGUCACGAGCAACAGUUCAAGUGGUAGUAGAAAUGAAUCAAGACCUGAAGCGAAACAUAAUUCUGCUGUGCCCGAACUAGUUGAUUUGAACAAGCUCCCUCGGGAUCCGGCUAAAAGGAAGCGAAUGGCAGAUUAUCAUCCCAACCAACGUGACGAGAUAAGAAGGAAGUAUUUGAUUUGGGGACCUAAUCAGCCCCGCAAAUUGGAAUUUCCAUACAGGGAGAUUGGGAAGAAGAAGAAGAGGAGAUUCAAUCCGGAUUGGGACGACAUUAAAGACAACCACCAUGGGCAUGAUGCAUUUGUAGUAGAAGGAUUCAACUCUUGGAACAAGACAGAGAGAUUUGUGACUCACAUCGGUGAUCGUAAUAGCUUUCACAAUAGAGCACUCAAGGAUUGCGAGGAUCUAUUAAAGCAAGUGCAUCAGGGACAACCUUUCUGUGGCCAUGAUGAAUCAAAAGAUUCUGAUAAUAAAGGAAACUACCUUGAGUUGAUGGACUACACUAUUAAGCAGAAUGAUGUUGUUGCUAAGGCAUUCAAGAAUGCUCCAAAUAAUAAUCAAAUGUUGUCUCCAACAAUUCAGAGAGAUACUACCGAGUGCUUUGCAAAAGAAGUACUAGCCUAUGUGAUGAAAGAAAUUGGUAAUGAUGUUUUCAGCUUAUUAGUUGACGAGUGUAGAGAUGUUUCCGACAAAGAACAAAUGGCGGUUGAGACAACAACUUCUUAUCUCAAGUUUUGCAUAGAUUUAUUAUUUUCACAACUUGGGCUGAGUCUUCAACAAGUUAGAGGCCAAGGUUACGACGGUGCAAGUAAUAUGUCUGGUGAGUUUAAUGGUUUGCAAGCUAAAAUUAUGAGCGAGAACAAAUCAGCAUAUUAUGUACAUUGUUUUGCUCAUAAACUCAACUUGGUUGUUGUGGCUAUUGCAAAGAAGAUAUUCGAGGUCGGAGAUUUCUUUGAUAUGGUUUCAGUUUUGCUGAAUGUUGUGGGCGCAUCUUGCAAGAGAAAAGACCAACUUCAUGAGCAUCACCAAGAAGAAGUGAGGAAAGCAAUAGGAUGUGGAGAGAUUGCUACGGGGAGUGGACUGAAUCAAGAAUUAUCACUUCAAAGACCAGGUGACACUCGAUGGAACUCCCAUUAUAAAACAUUGUUGGGUUUGUCCAAGAUGUUCUCGUCGGUGGUUAAAGUACUAGAAUAUGUUGAGAAAGAUGGCACAGAUACUGGAAAGAGGCGUCAAUCUAGAGGUCUUCUCAAAUAUUUCCAGACCUUUGAUUCUGCAUUUUUCUUACACAUGAUGAUGAUAUUAGCUUUAACAAAUGGGCUGUCAAAAACCUUACAGAGAAAGAAUAAAGACAUUGCAAAUGCUAUUUCAGAUGUGGAAUCAACUAAACGAGAGUUAGAAAAGCUCAGAACCAAUGAGGGGUGGGAUUCUCUUAUGAAGAAGGUAUGUUGUUUCUGCGAGAAGCAUGACAUUCCAGUCCUCAACAUGGAAGAUGCCUAUGUUAAACCAAAGAAGCCAAGACAAAAGACCGGCAUUAACAAUGAGCAUUAUUAUUGUGUUGAUUGUUUCUUUGCUGUGCUAGAUCUGUUAGGAGAAGAGUUUAAUGACAUAUUUAAUGAGGUAAAUUCUGAGUUGCUUCUAUGCAUGUCUGCUUUGAGCCCAAGUGAUUUAUUUUGUCAUUUUGACAAGGAGAAGUUGCUGAAAUUAGCAAAGUUUUAUCCUGGUGACUUUAAUCACAAAGAUAUGGUGACUCUUGAGCAUGAACUUGGCCUCUAUAUAGAUAAUAUACUCCAUGAUACAAGGUUUUCCAGCUUGGAGAGAAUAAGUGAUUUGGCUAAACUGAUGGUGGAUACAAGGAAGCAUCUCUCAUAUCCUUUGGUAUAUCGGCUUUUGAAGCUAGCUCUAACUCUCCCUGUUGCCACUGCCACCGUUGAGUGA